UUUUUGGUAUACAGUGUGAUGAGUUCGUAUUAACGCCCAUGACGCUGUUGAAAAACGGCGCUGGUUUUGUGGAAAUGUAUCUGGAAAUGGAUCAGUAUGUGGAGAUCGGGUUUGCGGUAAACGCAAGCAUAGUUUUAGAGGGUUAUUUCAUUUAAUUUCUUUUGUAGUCCACUCCUUAAAAAUCGAUUCGCACUAAAAGAGUAAAUUGUAGUUACACGUCGGAGCUCAAACGUACAGUUUUUAACCUUCUUUAUUUCUUUAAUUUAAAACUAGCGACCUACCAUCGCUUCGCUUCGGAAACAUUACAUUUCAUUAUUGAUGAUAGCCGAGUCCCGCGAUGCUACCCGCGGUUAUUUUGGUACCGCGGGUGACGCCGCGGGGCGAAGCUAGUCUAAAAAAAGUAGCCUAAGUUACUCCUUAUAUCAUCAGCUACCUAUCAGUUCAUUCUAUCUAUUUAUUCUAUUAGUUCAAUCCAGCCGUUCCAGAGAUUAGCCGGGUCAAACAGACAGACAGACAAAAAUUUUCAUAUGCAUGUAGUAAAAAGCGGUUAUUUCAAUAUUACAAACAGACACUCCAAUUUUAUUUCUAUGUAUAGAUAGUUUAAUUGAGUAUUCUCAAUGUGAACUUCACUACCACAUCUCGUCUUUUAACUCUCAAGACUUUUUUCCCAUUUUUCCUGUAAAUAGCUUGUCAUUUCCAAGAUGACAUGUAAAAUAUAACUAUACCAGCGUAUUCGUGAUGUAACAGUGGUUAAGUCGUGUUAACGGACGUCAGAAAAUCAGUGCUUAUCUAUCGGAGGCAUCCGUUUUACGUGCCGACACGAUGCCGCCGUCGCAUCGUUUAUGGUAGACGCUAUCUCAACCAUUAUUAUUGCUCAUACAUGCUCUUGAAUUACAUAUAUUCGAAUUAUACAAGCACACUAAACUGAAUUCGCGACGUGAGAUUAGGAAACGCGAAAGUAUUCGGGACUGAGGGAUACCACAUGCUAGAUCAGCACUAUGGCCGUGUGGCACUUUUCUAAAUUAACAACUUGAAAAAAUAAGGACAAGUUGAAGUAUACUUCUCUUUUACUUCUUGAAAAUUGUCGCUUAGAAAGUAUGCUUUCAGAUUCUAAGGAUACAAUAGAAUCUACUAAUUGUAUGUUGCAUUGUAUAUUGAGAAUGUACUUUAAAAAACCCCAAUGCAACAAAACAAAAACGUCUAAUAUUUAAAAUUUCGCAUUCGAUUCGUUGUGACAAAAUUUUGAGUUUGUCUAGGAAUUUCUGAAAUUAUGGCGAUUUCACGGUUCUAUUCUCGUUAAUGUUGUUUCGGGUUCCCCUUUUAAGGACCGAUAUUAUUUAAUACAAUACAAUUAGGAUGUGCCUUGAGGAGUUUAGUCUAAGUCCCGAUGAAUAUUUAACGUGAAUCUAUAGACUCCGGUUCUCGCUUAACACCAAACAAGCUGUUGGCACCACUCAACCAAGCAGUCUAAAGUGAAAAAUUAACGAACAGUAGGAAACGGUUGAAAAGAAAUUGCAACCCAGCACGCUAUGCUAAGCCGGCGCUAGAUAUAUCGGACCGACCUAGUUUCAAUUAUUCAAAUAAUAAAACCAAACAUCAAAACUGGUAACAUCAGUCACGAAAGAAAUCAAGCUGUGACUAUUUCACAACUUCACAAAAAAAUUAAACAGUACCCAUGUAAUCAAAGUGAAUUAAUUUCUUUUACAAUUAUAUCUAUACCUCGUGUACGCUGGCUUAGAGAACACCCGCCUAAAUUCACGUCGGUCGUGACUACGAGAUAUUAUUUUAUUUCCGUCAGUAGAUACGCGCAUCGUUCCUCGACCUGUGGUUCGAAAAAUUCUAUAAUUUUCCAAAAGAUUAACAUUGUUUUUCAGUUCACACGUCAAAAUAAUUUACUGUCCAGUGAUAACGGUACGAACUAAAAGAUAAAACAUUUUGCCUUGGCGAUUAGUGUGAUAAAAGUUGUGUUGACUAAAGCAGUGCGUAUUCCAUUGUGUUUUUAAAUAUAUUUCCAAUCUGCUAUGCUGAAAUGAUUCUGUUUAUUUUCAGUAUUACGUCUGUGAUUAAUUUAGUUGCCUCUGAAAGUUGUUUCUAUCAAAGAUGCCUUGGUUGCUAUCCACAAGAAAUGAUUUCAGCUGGCUCGUUAGUAGAGUGUCACCCAAGAAACUGGGUGUCGGCCCAAUGGGUUCUAAACUAUGGUCACCCGCCACCAAGCACCGACUCGAGGAUACCAAUAGAAUAUAGCUGCUUGAAGAUGGUGGCUACACCUGAUGAUAAGACAUACGGAAAUACAAUGGAUGUAAUUCGAGGCUGUAUACCACGAGCGCAGAUCGACUCCGUGUGCCUGGGUCUUAUAGCAGUAGAAAAAGCACGAGGACAUAGCGACGUGCGGUGUUUUAUUUGCAACGGAGACAGCUGCAAUUCUUCUACGCGUCUUCAAAAAACACCUUUGCUUUUCAUCUUAGCACUAUCGCUAUAUUACAUCUUUAGGUGAAAAUAAUGAAGCUGAUAUCUGGUUUCAAAACACAAGUUAUUCAUUAAUUCGUUUUUAAUGCAUUAUUGUUUUUCGCAUACAACCAUUGUGUGUGUUAAAUAUGAAUUAUGUAAAAAUAAAAACAUUUUUUUUUGUAUCUUA